AUGGGGGACGCCGGAAAAGAGCCGCUAGUGCGGUGCCCGGUGUGCCUGCGUGAGCUGCCCGGCGUGCGCAUCAACUCGCACCUGGACCAGUGCUUGCAGGCCGGGAAGAAUGAAUCGGAGCCGGGCUCGUCGCCCCCCUCCAAGCGGCUACGUCUCGCCACCGCACCGGCGGGGAAGCCGGAGGAGGCCCGCCCGGCCGCCGCUAGCCCCGUCUUCUCCCUCUUCCACAAGGGCUGUGACGGGGGGCAGAAUUCAGGAGCCCCUGGCGGGAGGAGCGGGGCGCGGCGGGAGGAGGCCGCUGUGAAGUCGGAGGAAGGAGGCUCGGCGGCGGCGGGCAGCGAGCUGGCGCUGUGUGGGGCGAGCCUGGCGCAGAGGCUGGAGGGGAAGCCCCUGGCCGAACAGUUGCGGCCGGACACGCUGGGGGACUACGUAGGGCAGGAGCGGGUGUUGGGAGCACAGACUCUGCUACGAUCUCUGCUGGAGUCUCACGAAGUUCCCUCCCUCAUCCUCUGGGGGCCACCGGGCUGCGGCAAGACUACACUGGCACACAUCAUAGCCAACAGCAGCAAAAAGAAUGGCACAAGGUUUGUGACACUGUCGGCCACAAGUGCUAAGACAAAUGAUGUUCGAGAUGUCAUCAGCCAAGCCCAGAAUGAAAAAAGACUCUUCAAGAGAAAAACCAUCCUCUUUAUUGAUGAGAUCCAUCGUUUCAAUAAAUCUCAGCAGGACACCUUCCUUCCUCACGUCGAGUGUGGGACGGUGACCCUGAUAGGAGCGACCACAGAAAACCCUUCCUUCCAAGUGAACGCUGCUCUUCUGAGCCGGUGCCGGGUGAUCGUCCUGGAGAAGCUCUCAGUCGAAGCUAUGGAGGCAAUUCUGCUGCGGGCCGUCAGGUCCUUAGGAGUCCAGGUUUUGGGCCAAGGCAAGCAGCACAGCAGCUCUGUGACUGGCAGUGACAGCAAAAGCUCAGAGUUCCAGGUGUACAUAGAGGAGAAAGCUCUCAGUACCCUAGCCUACCUUUGUGAUGGUGAUGCAAGGACGGGACUGAACGGACUCCAGUUAGCAGUUCAGGCCAGAUUAGCAGCAGGGAAGAUCACUCCACUGAACCCUAUCGAAAGUGGUUCUGCAGAUGGCAUUCUCAUAACAGAAGAACAUGUAAAGGAGGGGUUGCAGCGAUCUCACAUCCUGUAUGACCGAGCAGGAGAGGAACACUACAACUGCAUCUCUGCCCUGCAUAAGUCUAUGAGAGGCUCAGAUGAAAACGCUUCCCUUUACUGGCUUGCUCGAAUGCUUGAAGGUGGUGAGGAUCCACUCUAUGUGGCAAGGAGGCUGGUGAGGUUUGCAAGUGAAGAUAUAGGGCUGGCAGAUCCUCUGGCUUUAACACAAGCAGUUGCUGCUUAUCAAGGCUGCCACUUUAUUGGAAUGCCAGAGUGUGAGGUGAUUCUAGCACAAUGUGUAGUGUAUUUUGCCAGAGCACCAAAGUCCAUCGAGGUAUACAAGGCAUAUAGCAACGUCAAAGAGUGCCUGAGAAUGCACACGGGACCUCUGCCACCUGUACCGCUGCACCUCAGAAAUGCCCCAACAAAGCUCAUGAAGAACUUGGGCUAUGGUAAAGGCUAUAAAUAUAACCCCAUGUACAAGGAACCUGUAGACCAGGACUAUCUACCAGAAGAGUUGAAAGGAAGAGACUUCUUCAAGGAACAAAAAACAUGA